GCCUCCACCAUGGCUGCCGAUGAUGCUGAUGCUGAUGUCAUCACCGCCUCCCAGCAUCCCUGGCACAUCAGCACCGCCAUUUUCCCUCCUCUGCUCAGACUGACUGUUGGACUAGACAGACUAACAGCGGGUCCGCUGGAAGCAUCCCGCACCCAUCCUCCUGUUUAUCCAUCUGGCCCUCGCUCCUCCCUCCCUCCUGUCUCCCACUCUUCAUUUCUAGUUGACGCACCGCUGCGCUCAGCGCUCCAGCCCACCCAGCGCGGCUGCUGAAGCUGAGUCUCCAUCUCUCUCUCUCUCUCUCUCUCUCUCUCUCUCUCUCUCCGGCGGAUUCUCCAUGUAUGGAUGCGUCAAGGAAAGGGAUGCAAUAGGCUGACCAAACACAGGGAGAAAGACAAAAAUACAGCUUGCUGAGGAGAUUCAAGAAGGAGGGACCGGAGGAUCCUGGCGCUGUUUUGAAUGGGCAGAGGAUUCACCCUCUGCGGUCGUCGAGUCUGAGUUGCUGAGGUUCCAGGUGUGUCUGUGUAGCCACACAGAUCUUCAGCUCUUCUUCCGCUCACUCACACACCCACCUGCAACAUGGCGGGGGCUUCGGUGAAGGUGGCGGUGAGGGUCCGACCCUUCAACUCCAGAGAGAUGGGGAAGGACAGCAAGUGCAUCAUUCAGAUGUCAGGAAACACCACGACGAUCCUGAACCCCAAACAGCCCAAAGAAAACAAGAGUUUCAACUUUGACUAUUCUUACUGGUCACACACCACGCCUGAGGACAUCAACUAUGCGUCCCAGAUGCAGGUGUAUAAGGACAUCGGUGAGGAGAUGCUGCUUCAUGCCUUUGAAGGCUACAAUGUGUGCAUAUUUGCAUACGGCCAGACAGGAGCGGGCAAAAGCUACACCAUGAUGGGACGACAGGAGCAGGACCAGCAAGGAAUUAUACCUCUGCUGUGUGAGGACCUUUUCACCAAGAUCAAUGGCAGCAAUAAUGACAACAGCAUGUCCUACUCCGUGGAGGUGAGUUACAUGGAGAUCUACUGUGAGCGUGUGCGUGACCUGCUUAAUCCCAAAAACAAAGGAAACCUGCGUGUCAGAGAGCACCCUCUGAUGGGACCCUACGUUGAAGAUCUGUCCAAGCUAGCCGUCACUUCAUACAACGACAUCCAGGACCUGAUGGACUCUGGAAACAAGGCCAGGACUGUGGCUGCGACCAACAUGAACGAGACGAGCAGCCGCUCCCACGCUGUCUUCAACAUCAUCUUCACCCAGAAGAAACACGACAUGGAGUCGGACAACACGUCAGAAAAGGUCAGCAAGAUCAGUCUGGUGGACUUGGCUGGCAGUGAGAGAGCCGACUCUACCGGAGCUAAAGGAACCAGACUGAAGGAAGGAGCGAACAUCAACAAAUCUCUAACUACUCUGGGAAAAGUUAUUUCAGCUCUUGCUGAAGUGGACUCUGCACCAAACAAGAACAAGAAAAAGAAGAAGGUGGAGAGUUUCAUUCCCUACAGAGAUUCAGUCCUGACUUGGCUGCUGAGGGAAAACUUGGGAGGAAACUCUCGUACAGCCAUGGUGGCUGCCCUCAGCCCUGCUGAUAUUAACUACGACGAGACCCUCAGCACCCUCCGGUAUGCUGAUCGUGCCAAACAGAUCCGCUGUAACGCUGUGAUCAACGAGGACCCCAACAACCGCCUGGUGCGUGAGCUGAAAGAGGAGGUGGCUCGCCUCAAAGACCUGCUGUUCGCACAGGGCCUGGGAGACAUCAUAGAAACGUAUCGCUGUCCCGACCCCGUCAUCACUGGUUUGAAAUACCUGUGCGAUUACAAGAACUUUGUAAAUAAUCGCCAGGCUGUCAAUCAAAGGGGUGAUCUCUCCACAGUGUCCAAUGCCAUGACAGGAAUGAGUCCCUCCCCCUCGCUUUCGGCCCUGUCCAGUCGUGCCGGAUCCAUCACCAACCUCCAUGACCGUAUCUUCAGCCCGGCCAGCGAGGAGGCCAUCGAGAGGCUUAAGGAAACAGAGAAAAUCAUCGCAGAGCUCAAUGAGACAUGGGAAGAGAAGCUGCGACGUACUGAGGCCAUCCGUAUGGAUAGGGAGGCUCUACUGGCUGAGAUGGGUGUUGCCAUGAGAGAAGACGGAGGCACUGUGGGCGUCUUCUCCCCAAAAAAGACUCCUCAUCUGGUGAACCUGAACGAAGACCCGCUGAUGUCAGAGUGUCUGCUUUACUACAUCAAAGAUGGCACCACCAAGGUCGGCCGUGAAAAUGCUAAGACUCGCCAAGACAUUGUUCUCAGCGGCCAUUUUAUCAAAGAUGAACACUGCACCUUCAGCAGCACCACAGGCCCUCAGGGAGAAGGAUGUGUCAUCCUGGAGCCAUGUGAAGAUGCAGAGACGUACGUCAACGGGAAGAGAGUGUCCUCUCCAAUUGUUCUGCGGUCUGGGAACCGCAUCAUCAUGGGAAAGAGCCACGUGUUUCGCUUCAACGACCCUGAGCAGGCUCGUCUGGAGCGAGAGAGGACGCCGUGCGCUGAGACGCCGGUGGAGCCUGUCGACUGGGCCUUCGCUCAGAGGGAGCUGCUGGAGAAACAAGGCAUCGACAUGAAGCAGGAGAUGGAGCAGAGGCUUCAGGAGCUUGAAGAUCAGUACCGCAAAGAAAGAGAAGAAGCCAGUAACCUGCUAGAACAACAGAGACUGGACUAUGAGAGUAAACUGGAAGCUCUUCAGAAACAAGUAGACUCUCGGUACCUGGAGUCUCCCGAGGAAGAAGAAGAGCCUGAGGAGGAAGUGCCAUGGACGGCACGUGAGACAGAGUUGGCUCUGUGGGCGUUCAGAAAGUGGCGUUUCUACCAGUUCACCUCUCUCAGGGAUCUGCUUUGGGGCAACGCCAUCUUCCUGAAAGAGGCCAACGCUAUCAGUGUGGAGCUGAAGAAAAAGGUGCAGUUCCAGUUCGUCCUGUUGACAGACACCCUGUACUCUCCCCUGCCACCCGACCUGCUGCCCCCGAGUGUGGCCAAAGAGAGGGAGAGACGACCGUUCCCCCGAACCAUCGUAGCGGUUGAAGUACAAGAUCAGAAGAACGGAGCCACACAUUACUGGACUCUGGAGAAACUCAGGCAGAGGCUGGACCUUAUGAGAGAAAUGUACGACCGUGCGGCAGAGCUCCCAAGCAGUGCUGUGGAGGAUUGUGACCACGCUCUCACUGGAGGCGACCCCUUCUACGACCGCUUCCCCUGGUUCCGUCUGGUCGGCAGGGCUUUUGUGUACCUGAGUAACCUGCUGUACCCAGUCCCCCUGGUACAUCGAGUGGCUAUUGUCAGUGAGAAAGGAGAGGUGAAAGGCUUCCUCAGGGUGGCUGUGCAGGCCAUCUCAGCUGAUGAAGAGGCUCCUGAUUACGGCUCUGGAGUGAGGCAGUCAGGCACUGCCAAGAUCUCCUUUGAAGACAAACAGUUUGAGAAGUUCCAGACUGAGUCGUGUCCUAGUGGUCUUUCCCACUCCAACACCUCGCAAGAGGAGCUGCGAAUUGUGGAGGGAGAAGGACAAAACGCAGAGAUUGGUAUCUCUGCCGAUGAAGUCAACAACAACACCUGUCCAGGUGAGGCGACAACAGUCUGUGGAUCAUUCACCCGGCAGGAUUUGAAUGAGGAAGAUGGAAGAGCAUCCCUGGAGGCUCCCCCCAGCCCUGCGAAGAGUUCAAGUCUCGGUCUGGAUCUUCCUCUGGACCUGUCCCCGGAGAAAGCUCUCUCCCACCUGAAGAUCGGCAGCAUCUUCACCUUCAGAGUCACCGUCCUACAGGCCUCCAGCAUCUCUGCCGAGUACGCCGACAUCUUCUGCCAGUUCAACUUCAUCCACCGUCAUGACGAAGCUUUCUCCACUGAGCCGCUGAAGAACACGGGCAGAGGACCUCCAUUGGGUUUCUACCAUGUUCAAAAUAUCACAGUGGAGGUGACAAAGUCCUUCGUGGAGUACAUCAAGACUCAGCCCAUCGUCUUCGAGGUGUUUGGUCACUAUCAGAAACAACCUUUCCCUCCACUCUGCAAAGACCUGAUCAGUCCACUGAGACCUUCCAGGAGACAGUUCCCCAGAGUGAUGCCUUUAUCCAAACCAGUCCCGGCCACAAAGCUCAGCACUCUGACUCGCUCUACCGCCGGACCUUGUCACGCCAAAUACGACCUCAUGGUCUUCUUUGAGAUCUGUGAGCUGGAAGCUAACGGAGACUACAUCCCAGCUGUUGUUGACCACAGAGGUGGGAUGCCCUGCCAUGGCACGUUCCUCUUACAUCAGGGCAUUCAGAGGAGGAUCACAGUCACCAUCGCUCAUGAAACAGGAAAUGACAUUGAGUGGAAAGAGGUGAAGGAGCUGGUUAUUGGUCGUAUUCGAAACACACCAGAGGCCGAUGAGACCAUCAUAGACCCAAACAUCCUUUCCCUCAACAUCCUGUCUUCUGGAUACUUCUGGCCAAAACACAACGACAACGUCUCCUUGGGAGUUGAUCAUAGAACUUUCUACCGAUUUGAGGCAGCAUGGGACAGCUCCAUGCACAACUCUCUGCUCCUGAACAGAGUCACUCCCUAUGGGGAAAAGAUCUACAUCACACUCUCUGCUUAUCUAGAGAUGGAGAACUGCACUCAGCCAACAGUGAUCACCAAAGAUUUCUGCAUGGUGUUUUAUUCCCGUGACGCAAAGCUGCCAGCCUCUCGUUCCAUCAGAAACCUCUUUAGCACCGGCUGCCUCCGGCCCUCUGAGAGUAAUCGUGUCACAGGAGUCUAUGAAGUCACCCUCUGCCAUGUGGCAGAUAAUGGAAGUCCAGGUAUGCAGCGUCGCCGCAGGCGUGUGCUGGAUACCUCGGUGGCGUACGUCAGAGGAGAGGAGAACCUGGCUGGAUGGAGGCCUCGCAGUGACAGCCUCAUCCUGGACCAUCAGUGGGAGCUGGAGAAACUCAGUUUACUACAGGAGGUGGAGAAGACCAGGCACUACCUCCUGCUGAGGGAGAAACUGGAGGCAACUCUGCAGGCAGGACAGGACGCACUCUACAAGAACAACGAUAUCAGCGACUUUGCUAAGAGCCCCGUCCUCAGCCAAAGUCCCAGCAGCAGCCCUGCCCCUGAGAGCCCCAACCAGAGGCAGAGGGAGCUGGCUGCCAAGUGUCUGCGUCUGCUGAUGCACACCUUCAACAGGGAGUACAGCCAGGUGAGCAGCAGUGCCAGUGAGAGCAAGCUCUCUGAGAUGUCGGCGUCACUAAUGAGAGACACCUCCUCGUCCGGACUGAGCACGCUCACUCCGUCCUCUACCUGCCCCUCACUGGUCGAGGGACAUUAUGACAUUAGACACACUGAACCCGGUUCAGGAGCUUCCACUCCAGAUCUGGACCCGUACAGCCCAGUGGACAGAAAGAAAGCUCUCAGAGGAUGCACCUUUGUUCCUGACAUACAGGAGAUUCGUGUCAGCCCCAUCGUGUCAAAGAAAGGCUACCUGCACUUCCUGGAGCCCCACACCAGCGGCUGGGUAAAACGUUUUGUGGUGGUGCGCCGGCCCUACGUCUACCUGUACCGCAGUGAGAGAGACAGCGUGGAGAGAGCUGUCAUCAACCUGUCAUCUGCGAAGGUUGAAUACAGUGAAGACAAACAGACUUUACUGCGGACUCCCAACACGUUUGCUGUGUGCACUGAGCAUCGUGGGAUACUGCUGCAGGCCACCAAUGACAAAGAGAUGCAUGACUGGCUGUACGCUUUUAACCCUCUGUUAGCCGGCACCAUCAGGUCAAAGCUCUCCCGAAGAAAGUCGAUCCAGUCAGCCCCGCCUGCUCAGAGGAUGUGAGAGGUGAACUGACCUGGUGGAAAACGACAAACAAAACAAAACAAUCUAAAAGCUCCACUCACCAUCCUGCUCUAAAGAGCAAUAGACCGUAACUUACAACCAUUUAAAUAACCUUCUGUAUGACGCCCGUCUCAGUCCCGAACAUCACUCAAUUGCUCAUCCCGAAACAAAACUGUCCUUUCUAUGUUUUUGCAGUCGCCACCUCAAAACCCUGCAUGGUGUGCUCCCUCCUGACCUUUAGAACAAACAUAAGACAAACUAACCACCCAAACCCGAUGAUUAACUUACCUGUGCUGGGCAUUGGGGUUAGUUUUUAUUAGUUUCAUGUAGAAAUCUUUCAUCUGAGGCUACAAAUUCCCUGUAGAAAGUUAGUAUGGUCAGUCCCUCUUUCAUUUAUAAUAACUGAAAAUAAGUCCCCAUUUUUAAAUCAGCCAUUCAUGUAUUUCUAAAUAACGCCGUCAGGUGAGGGGGGAAAAUGAAAACAUCGUACCAGAUGUUUUUCUCUGUAAGUGCAGGGAUGAUAGCUCCACAUGCAUCCGUCAUAUACUGUACAUUACCUCAGUUUGGAUUGGCUUGGUGCUCUACAGCAUAGAGUAUUUGUUUCACUGCAGAGGUUUCAGAUAGCAAACAGAUCAUUUUAACAUAGAAGUAGCAUGACAAAAGGACAAAAGGGUAAAUCUUUUUUUUUUUCUUUUUAACUGGUUCCAUGAAAACUGAGCUUGCUGGCUGGACUAAGGUGAAAAAAUCCAUUAUCAGGAGAGAUAACUCACGUGUCCUUGUUCUUAGUAUAUGCUUCUUUUUCUUUUUUUUCUUUUUACAUGAUAAUGUUAUUUAUUGUUGCUAUCAUAGGUUCUCUGCACUGUUAUAUGUGGGACCAUUGACCAGUUUUGUUGCAUGGCACUUUAUUGUCUUUAAUGAGUUAAUGUAUCAUUUACUCAGUUAUUUUAACCAAAGCUUCAUUUUUCUUCUCUUUAAUUGUUUCAUUGUCUACUGUGCAGUUGUGUUAGCAGAUUUUUAUGAUGUUAAAGAAAUAUUUCGACAUUUUGGGAAGUGGUACCACUCUGUACGGUAAAUAUGAAACUACAGCAACAAGCUGGUUAGCUUAGCUCAGCUGAAAGACUGGAAAAGGGGGUAAACAGCUAGCCGGGCUGUGUCCAAAGGUAAUAUAAUCCAGUUAUCAGUGCCUCUGAAGCUUGUUUGUUUGAUCAAAAUAAGAUAUAAUAUGUUCUUAUGCUACACUAAGAUAAUCCAACAUUGGUUAUAUGCAUAAUCUCCACAUGUAACUUUUGAUAAGAAAGUAAAUUAAGCUUAUUUCCCAAAAUAUUGAACUAUUUCUUUAAACUAAUCAAACUGACCUAAGAUGUUUUAUAUGAUAAAUACACCAGGAGGGCAACUGUACUGUAGAUGAGUAGUUUUACUUUAAUGAAAUAAGCACUUAUUCUGUCUGUUAUGGGUCAGCCGCGUUGCUACAUUAUGUGAUUUUACUAUUUAAGUUUCGUCUAGUAGCUAAGGGGAAAGUUGUAACUCACCAUGGACCUGUAAUCUGUUGAAGGCAGUUACUUUGAGUGGGCAAGAGCGUUGUCCAUGCACCAGAUAGUGCCUCCCUUUCUUCACCUCUUUUUCUCCUUUUUCCUUCUUCAUUAUUGUUACUAAAGUUAGUUACAUGUGUCCAAGAUUAAGCUUUUAUGUAGAGUAAACGUAGACGCUAUGGAUCUUUUUUUUAUAUUGACGAUCUAUGUUCAUGUUUUGGAGAGUGAAUAUUAUCAAUGAUGCUAUUAUAGUAUGUUGGUAUAGCCUGUAACAGUAGAGUACAGCGUAUAUCUCAUUAUCAUUGACUGUAAAUGUUGCAAUUAAAAGCAAUCCCCCCUCUCAGCUUUUGUACUGUAGCUGCUAGAUAUUUGACAGCCUGAUGCUUGUGUCAGAAACCAGUACACUAUGAUUAGCUUGGUAUUUUAUGACUUUUUAUGUCCAGGGAUGGUUUCUAGUUGCUUUUACAUGCUGCCUGUUAUUUUGCACUAUAUCAAGAUGACCCCAAAUGUUGGUUUGAAAGCAAUAUUAUUAUUGUAAGGAAUAAUGUAACUAAAAAAUACCAUGCCUUUCCUAGGAAGAUCGUCUUCUGAAGAACACUUCUUCUGUAAAUCUCUAAAAAAGACGUGGUCAGCCAACCAUUUUGUCUUUCCCCUUUUCCUCGUUUCAUGUCUGACUCAUUAUGAUCAGCUUUUUGUCAAACCUGAAUCAUAAUCAGUUAGAAAAAAGUAUUCAGGACUCUGUAUGCCACAGGCCAACCAACCUGUUGAGCUAUGGAGCCUAAUACUUAAAAAGGUUAUACAAAAUACAAAGAUUGUAUUUCACAUUUCACUUUAGAUUUGUUGCCAGUCGUGGCUCCUGUGAUUUUUAAAAAAUAAAUUAUGUUGGUUAGCAAAGAAUUCAACAAGAUUACUGUAUGUUUUGGGUCAUCUUGGUAUAAUCAACGUUGUUUUGUAAAAAGCUAAAAGAUAUAUACUGUAUGUUGUCUGCUGGAACAGAAGACAGAUUUUAUUUAUGAAGUUCUGAAGGAUGGAUUAUGUUCUUAAAAUAUAUUGCGCUCAUGCACAAAGCAUCUUUAUUCACUAUGAUUUUGUUUGAUGAUGUUUUAGGAAUGUGUGGAUAAGAUUGGUUUGUGUUUAAAAAAUAUAUUACAGCCCUGUCCUGAAGGAAGAACAUCAGAUUCUGAAACUGUGUCAUUUUUUAUUUUAUUUUUUUUGCUCCAGCAAUCAAACCACCAACAAUGCUGCACCAAACUGCAUUGAUCUUUUAGUUUAAAACCGGCAGAUGACUUUCAAUGCUUCCAACCCUAAUAGUUCAAAGGUAUCAUGUUUAAAGAAAAAAACACUUUGUGAGACAGUUUUAGUGCACUGGCCAAUAAUUGUUGAAAGGUAAAUGAGUUGAUUAUUUUAUAUUUGGCCGCUUUUUAACUGUCAUAGCUCUGGAUCGAAGCAUGCAGAUCCACUUAUCUUCUGCUGUACUCUGUCCCUCUCUCCCACCUUACCGCUUGCUAAGACAACAGCUCCCCCCCUCUGAAGUGCUGCUUGUAAAGUAUUGUCAUUCAUGAUCCUUGUAAUGACUAACUGGAAACCUUCCUCUUGGCUCUGUCUUGUAUAUAAAUGGAGAUUUUCUGUGUUGGGUCUCAUCACACAGAUGAUAUUAACUCUCUCUUCCUCUGUAUACCAUGAUGAAUAAGAAUAGCUGGCCUGCUGCUUCCUCAAGUGUCACCCAGAGUAAAGAGUGCUGAUCAGGGAUCAGUUUUGCACAUUUCGGCUCAGUGUGGGAUGAGGUAGUCAUUGUGGACCUGGGUAGAGGAUUCCAGGUCUGCUCUCUUUCUCUGAGCUGCUUGACAGAAGCAGAAACAGGUCCAAGCCUGUGAUGAAGUCUUAAUCUUUUGAGUGUUCUGGAGUUCUUUCUCAUGUCUGUGGACACGUAACAAAAGUUGUCAAGAAAAAACAAAAACAAGGCGAAUAAAUAAAUGAGUGUUAUGCAACA